AUGCCACCCCGCAAAUCGAAGAAAAAGCAGACGCGACUUGCCUUUGCUGCUUCAACCGCUUCGCCUUCGGCGGAUGCGAGCCCGGAGAGUAGCCGAUAUGCAACACUUACAUAUGAUCACCCAAGCUUGGGCACAUACCGUCCUCCAAAGUCUCUCAACAGCGAGCCGGGGACUUCGCCCGCGAGCAAACGCCCGAAGCUCCCCGCCAAGACGAGGUCUAAGGAUAAACCCACAAACGGACUGUUCGUAGAAAAAUCGAGCGAUGGAUCCUUAGACGCUAUCAUCUCCGCCUCCCAGAAGAGAAAGCAAGUCGCGCCACCCGACAACCUCGACCCGGUAAAUCUCGAUGACGCCCAAGAUGCGAAGAAAUCCCGCUCGCGAAAAUCACAACAAUCCUUGGAAUUUUCAAAGACAGAUAGCGAGAGCACAAAUGGCUCUGAUUCGGAGGAGCUUUCCCGGCCGCGCCGAUCACUCAAGCGAAGGGCCCCAAGCUCACCGAUUGACUCCAGCGACUCAGAUGAGCCAGUGGCCUCUUCGGCCCCCAACCGGCGUAGGUCUACCCGAGGUGGCCAUUCUUCAAGCUCGCCUGUUAUACUCAGCGGCGAUGAUUCAAACGAGUCAGUGGCCCCCUCGACCGCCAAGAGGCGCAGGGUAGCAAGGCCAGCCGUAGUUUCAGAAAGUGAUGAAGUUGACUCGGACGAACCACUGGCCUCUUCGCCAGUGAAGAGGCUCCGACGUGGAAAAGCGAAAGAAAGUCCCCAAGGCCCCCACACCCCCAGCCACAUCUCGCAGCAGGCCAGACUUGAUAUUGCAGAGGAUUUGGAGGACCUUCAGGAUUCGGGUAGGAACCAAUUAGCGUACGAGGCUCGUUUAUUUAUGCUGAUGCAAUCAUACGUAGUUGUUAAGAAAAGUCGAACUCGCGGCCGGAAUGUCGAAUCUGCCCGAGACAAAAGAAUGAAGCACCUCGAAGCCUUGCGCCGCAGACGGGCUGGUGUGAAAGAUGAGGAAGAGGAACAAGAAGAUGAGGAAGGCGACGAUGAUGAAGAAGAAGAAUACGAUUCAGAUGUACAGGAGAUUAAACAACCCUCUGUUCGUAGUCUCUGGCGACAUGACGACGGUGACAGCGACAUAGAAUCAGCCAUUGACCCCAACGAGAACCUCGAUCGGUACGAAGAUGACUUUGUCCUAGAAGACGAGGCGAACGACCUUGGCGUUCCCACCGAGGAGCUCCCCUUCGAGUUCACCCGACAUGCAUAUAAGCAGCCGAAGGAAUACUUCCGCGACGUCAUCGGCUGGAUGGUGCAAAACAAACUGAACCCGGCCUUCCCUCGCUCUGACGACAUGUACAAGAUGGCAUUCAUGAAGCUGGAAGAUGAAGUCAAGGGUCGUGCCGGUUCACAACUGAUCUCCUCGGUUUGGAACCCCAGUUUUGUCUAUGCCCUCCAGGCCCGGCCGCACAUGGAGGUCGAUACCUUCCCUACAGAGGAUAACCAUCCCUGCGAUGCUUGCAGGCGCUCUGGGCAUCCCGCGUCUCGAGAGAUGAAACUCUACGGGAAGGCGUAUUCCCUGCAAACGUUAGAGCCGCUGGAAGAUGACAGCGAUGAGGAUUCCAACGACGACGAUGGCAAUGAUCGGGACCGGGAUGGCCAUGUCAUUCCUCCUGAGAAUGUCCGGUAUUACCUAGGAAAGCAAUGUAAUGCGAGAGCGCAGCUCACCCACACCCUCACUCACUGGCGCUACCAUCUCAAUGAAUGGGUCACCGACUUCCUGGAGCGUACGGGCCACAUGGAUGACGACGAGAUCCUCCGACGAAAUGAUAUGAGCGUCAAGCGCAAAACGCGAAAUGCAAAUGAUGUCCUCGACAGCAUGACUGGAAGUGGCGAAGUCGAUAAGUUGUGGCGUGACUUCCACAUUAAUCUCAAGUCUGCCCGCGAGAAAGAGGUAUGUUCUUGUCGUGGGGUCUCGGUGCUUGAUGCUAAUCGGGUCUGUCCUUUAUUUAGUCUAUUUACGGAUGAUGAGAUGAUCAUAUCCAAGAACAAGUUCGAGGGUCAGUAUUUGUCCUCGAAUGGCUUUAUCAUGAAUCUCCAUGAA